GCCCUCCUAUGCACCUGCGCGCUGCGGUCGCGCCUGCGCAGAGCGACCGCGGCAGGCCGGGACCGGGGUGACCCUGAGGGCUGCGCAGCGCGCCGAGAUGCUGACCAGGUUCCUGGGCCCGCGCUACCGGGAGCUGGCGAGGAACUGGAUGCCCACGGUGGGCAUGUGGAGCGCGGUGGGUGCCGUGGGGCUGGUGUGGGCCACGGACUGGCGGCUGGUCCUGGACUGGGUGCCUUACAUCAACGGCAAGUUUAAGAAGGAGUAGCUGACCGCCUGCUGUGGUUCUGUUUGGUCUCUUGUGGAGACGGCUCCUCCCAUCUCAGCACCUGGAACAACUCACGCCAUCGGGACGGAUGUCUGGGAAACCCACAAGCUCCCUAAGACUGUUAUGUUUCUGAAAGUAACAUAGACGUGUGGAUGCAUACGGCAUUAAACCCCACUCUGAAACCUGC